AUGGCAGCAUUGUCACAAAGUCGGACGACUCACGACCGCUUCGACUGGGACACUAUGUUGGAGACUUGGUUUGGGGAUUUUGCCUUUGCAGUGCAGAUCGCACCUGACUCCCUUUAUUUGAAGACUGGCAGCUUCAAAAGUGGGAUCGUGUGGCCUAAGGCUGCAGCACGCCUUUCCAAAAAGAGCAGGCUCGGGAACGUUCUUGAACCUCGAAAGAAGAGGGCGAUUUGCCCUCUCUUCUCAGACUUCAAAUUGCUCGUUUGUGACCUUAUUCAGGGCGUGGCCCUUCCUAAGCUCACUGAUGAAUGGAGCAUGAAGUGGUCGGAGAAAAAGGAUCUGUAUGGCAAGCGCCACUUGAUCGCGGUGGGCGGGCGCACAGAAGGUGGAGAGGAUGAGCCAAAAAUCAACGACCGAACCAAAGAUUUGCCCGAGCCUGUUUGCUUUUUCUCGCCACCGCUUGAGCUGAUGGAGGAGCUCCUGCACACCUUCUAUGCCAAGCUGGUGCUGGACUUGAGCCCAGCUGAUGGAAAGUUGGCGUGGGCAUGCGUCAAGACUAGGACUGCGUACAUGGGCAUCUGCUACAUUGACGCCCAUGUCAAGCUGAUGGAAGAACGGCUCCUGGACCUAAUGAAGGUGAGCGUGAAGGAGACUGCCUCGCCAUUGUUCAACAGUGCCUAUGCGCAAGCUGUGGGGUCAACGACUUCUUCAUCGCAGCCAGCGAUCCCGAAGCGCAAGCCACGCCCCAAGCCAAAGGUAAAGUCGGCUCCCAAGCCAAAGCCAGCUCCCAAGCCUAAGGGAAAACCAAAGGCGGAGGCAAAGUCAGAGCCCAAGUCGAAAAAGCCGCGUCUCGAGGCAGAGCAGGCAGAUGACGACGACAAUGAAGAGGAGGAAGAGGCAUUCGAGGAGGAUGUUUGGGAUCCUUUGGACGAGGGGUGA